AUGAGAGUGUGUAGGAGCAAAGCGGACGGUGGAGAUUUCAUUGUAGUCUCAGCCUACUUACCGUAUGACUCUAUCACACCGCCGCCAGGUCCUUGUCUUGAGAUGAUUGUGGAAUUUUGCGAAAAAGAAUGCACUCCAUUGAUAAUUGGAACAGAUUCGAAUUCGCACCACAUCAUCUGGAACAGUUCCAACAUAAACUUGAGAGGUGAGCAGUUGAUUCAAUUUUUGAUGAAGUCAAAUCUGAUGGUGAUGAAUUCGGGUAGAAAGCCAACUUUCGUGAAUGCCAAUAGGGAAGAGUGUCUUGACAUCACAAUUGCGUCUUGUGAACUUUCGGAACUUAUCCAUUCGUGGAGAGUGACAGAUUUAGAAACGUUCUCGGACCAUAGGUUGAUCAAGUUCUGUCUUAGAGGCAAUUUUCCGAAUAAAGAACCGUUUAGAAACCCCAGAAAGACGAAUUGGAAUUUGUAUAGAGCCUGGCUAAGAUCAAAGCUGGAAAACGUUGACCAUAAAGACAGAUAUCAGUCUGUGGAAGAACUGGAAAAAGCAAAUAGAGAAAUAACUUCAGCCAUUGUUGAAGCAUACAAGCUGUCCUGCCCACUGAUCAGCCCAAAGCCACUGUACAGAAACUCCGCGUGGAGCAAUGAUCUUGAAAAGCAGAAAAAGGAACUGCGGAAAGCAUGGAACAAGGCUGGUAAGAAGGGUAGGGAUCAGGAGAAAAACAAGGCUUUACAUAGAGCCCUUCUGAAAGACUACAAUCAAGCCCAGGCUGAGCUGAAGGAGAAGUGUAAGAGAAAGUUCUUUGAAGAAGCGGACUCAAUUCCUGCCUAUGCCCGUGUCCACAAGAUUUUAGCGAAGGAUCCAACUGUUCAAGUUGGCUCUUUACUAAAACCAGAUGGCAAUUACACGGCGGAUAGUAAGGAUACGGUCGAGCAUCUUCUAAAAGUUCACUUCAGGCUGCACUGA